UGCACUUGGAAAUCGAUCAACAGGACAGCCGCCAUUACUGAAGUCAGGCACAAAAUCUAAUGAUGGACCCCCGUACCAGUGCCCAGGACGUGACGCGAUGUGACCUGUGUGAGACUGCUGUGGUACAGAUGCACUGUGAUGCAUGCCUUGUCAACCUUUGUACAGCUUGUGUAGGAAAACACAUGAUAUCUGAUGAAUCCAAGGAUCACAAAGUCGUCAAAUUUCAGGCCAGGAAAUCCACUCCACUCUACCCUGGAUGUACAAUUCAUGACAAAGAACGAUGUGAAAUGUACUGUAAACAAUGUGACAUUCCUGUCUGUCUUAGCUGUCUAGCAUCAAAACAACAUUUAGGUCAUGAAUUAUCUAAAAUAUUGCAAGUUCUGGAUGAAAAGAAGGACAUUAUUAUGAAAGAAAGAAAUGAAUUAAACAAGACAAUUUACCCAACCUACCAGGACAUUGCCUCUGAUGUACAAAACAGAAUGAAUCAGUUAGAAAAGGAAUAUGGAGAUCUCUCAACAACCAUAACAAAACAUGGAGAGGACUGGCAAAGAGAAAUUGACAAACUUGUCAAGAAACUUAAAGCUGGAGUUGAUGAGAUGAAAAACAGACAGUUUCGAAUUCUACAGAAAAAUCUGGAUGAAAUAAACAACACAUUGUCUGACAUCAAGGAUGAAAUUGAUUCAAUGGAAACUGUAAUAGACAGCAAUGACUUGUCAAAACUAAUAAGUGUAUCAUCCUAUGUACACACAUACAGAUAUCUUCCACACAAAAUUAUACCAUCUUUACCCAAAUUCAUUCCAGGAAAAAUGCAUCAAGAAGAACUAAGUAAAAUGUUUGGAGCGUUAUCAUCAAGUUCUUUAACUUCAGAUAAACAUGGAUACAGUAUGAAGACGUCACAGAAAUCACUAGAAGGUGGAUCCUCUCCUCCAGUCAAACAGCUGCUUGAUGAACCAGAGACUGUCACCACCAUCAACACUGGGUAUAGCAGUUACUUUGCCAAUAUGGCCUGUCUGAGCGAUGAUGAAAUCUGGACAAGUGGAUAUGGCAGCAUCAUGAAACUCUACAGCAUCAGUCAGGGAUUACUACUCAAGUCAAUCACAACCAAGUCAGGAAACUCACCAUCUUAUAUAGCUGUGACAAAAAGUGGAGAUCUAGUUUAUACCGAUUACAAUGAAAGAACUGUGAACAUUGUGAAGAAUGAGAAGAUAGAGGAGGUGAUCAGACUACAGAACUGGAAACCUAAUGGUGUCUAUAGUACCUCCUAUGGUGACCUCGUGGUUAUCAUGUACAAUGACGGUAACAAACAAACAAAAGUUGUCCGUUACUCUGGCUCCACAGAGAAACAAACCAUUCAGUUUGAUGAAAAAGAUAAACCUCUCUAUACGGUUGAUUCUAGAUAUAUUACUGAGAACAGGAACCUGGAUAUCUGUGUGUCUGACAAUGGAGCUAGAGCAGUAGUGGUGGUCAAUCAGGCCGGGAAACUGAGAUUCAGGUACACUGGACAUACUCCUUCUCCAAGGAAGAAACCAUUCGAUCCACGAGGAAUGACCACAGACAGUCAAAGUCACAUCCUUACAGCUGUUUAUUUCAGUGACUGUGUCCACAUCAUAGAUCAGGAUGGACAGUUCCUGCGUUACAUAGAAUGUGGACUGAGUGUACCCUGGGGACUGUGUACAGAUACAAAUGACAAUUUGUUUGUUGCUCAAUUUUUGAAGAAACAACUGAGGAAAAUCAAAUAUUUGAAGUGAAAUCUUUGAUCAUUUACAGCAAAUCGUGACACUUAUUCAUCUUAAAAUUAUAAUAAUCAUACAAAGACACUUUUAUGUAUUUAUUAUGAUUAUGAUUAAUGUAUGUAAAUAUGCUACAAUGUCAUUUGCAUUUGCUAAAUAUACAUGUAAAUAUGAUGUCUGAUGAGUGGAAUUUCGAGGAAAAAUAUAGUCUAAAUUAUAACGUUGUCAAAAUUUCCACUGUAAAUCAAGGCAUGUAGCAUUCUACAU